AUGGCUAAUUCAUGUUUCGCUAUAUCAAGCUGCAGACCGGCGCUGUUGGGAAGCCCGUUGAGUCAACGAUUUGAGUCGUCCAACUUGCGAACACAUCAUGAGAGUAGUUGUUUAAUCCGUCGACCAGCUCGGCUAGCGCAAAGACGACCGAUUGUUCGCGCAAUCAGCGCAGCGGAUAACGGCGCCGCGGCAGCUGAGGAAAUGCGCCUUGCGAGGGGAUCAGCGCGACUGGAGGGAGCACCUCGCGGGGCGAAGCAGGUGUUGCUGGUGGAUCCGGUCGAGGCGAAACGGAUAGCGCAAGAGGACCUCAAGAAGCGUGCCAAGGCCGCGUCGCAACAGAAGUGGCGGGAGAUUGAGGCUAUCAAUGGUGCAUGGGCCGUCAUUGGCAUCUUUGCUGCCUUGGUGGGAGAGGGCUUCACUCAGACUGGCAUUCUUGGGCAGUGUGCAAUCUACCUGGAGCUUGUUGCCGCUCAACGGAACUCGUCGUUUGAGUCGUCCCAAGCGGCUUACCCUGCCGACAGCUGUCGUCUGCGAGGCAAUUUUCUUCAGAAUGGCUGUUUGCGGGCUGCCACGUGGCAAGCAGGCAUUGGUGGCCAGGGACUGUCACAAUCGCUGGUCCUUCGACGGGAUAGCCAGCCGUCGAGACAAAGCCGUGUUUCAGUGACUGCAUCCGCGACAUCGGGGUUUGACGAGAUGGUGGCGGGGAGGACGCGCAAGUACUACAUGGUGGGGGGGAAGGGCGGCGUGGGGAAGACGAGCGUGUCUGCGGCUCUGGCAGUGAAGUUCGCCAACGAAGGCCAUCGCACUCUGGUGGUUUCCACCGACCCCGCACACUCCCUCAGCGACUCCUUCGCUCAGGACGUGUCAGGAGGGAAGCCUGUGGCUGUGGAGGGAACUGACUUGCCUCUGUUCGCCAUGGAGAUCGACCCAGAGCAGGCGCGGGAGGAGUUCCGGUCAGCAACAGGCAAGGACGGCGGCAAGGGCGUGAAGGACUUUAUGGACUCCAUGGGGCUGGGCGGCUGGAUUGACCAGCUGAGUGAGCUCAAGUUGGGCGAGCUUCUAGACACGCCACCACCUGGGCUGGACGAGGCAGUUGCCAUUGCCAAGGUGGUGCAGUUCAUGCAAUCACCAGAGUACAGCAACUUCACGCGCAUCAUCUUCGACACUGCUCCCACGGGGCACACGCUUCGGCUUCUCUCCCUCCCCGAUUUCCUGGAUGCUUCCAUCGGGAAAAUCCUCACCCUCAAGAACAAGAUCAGCUCUGCCACGUCAGCAGUCAAGUCUCUCUUUGGCCAGGAGGACGGCAAACCUGACACGGCAGUGGAGAAGCUGGAGCAGCUGAAGGAGCGGAUGGUGAUGGUGAGGGAGAUAUUCCGCGACCAGAAGGCCACGGAGUUCAUUAUAGUCACAAUCCCUACAAUCAUGGCUAUUAACGAGAGCGCCCGCCUGCUGAAAUCGCUGGAGGUGGAGGGAGUGCCGGUGAAGCGGCUUAUAGUGAAUCAGGUCCUGCCCAAGUCCAACACCGACUGCAAAUUCUGCAAUAUCAAGCGGAAGGACCAGCAAAGGGCAUUAGACAUUGUGGAGGCAGAUAAGGAGCUGAGUCAUUUGAGGGUGAUUCAGUCGCCGCUCUUUGACCUUGAGAUCCGCGGCGUGCCGGCUCUCAAGUUCAUGGGGGACCUGGUCUGGCGGUAG